GCCCCCGCGGGGCAGAGGAGGGUUGGCCCUCGUGUGGCCUCAGAUGCGCUUCCCAAAGGGUCUGGGCUCCCGUCCCCAGAGUCGGUCACUCCAGGGGGCGGAGAAAUCGGGGGAGGGGCCGGGUAACGUGGGGCUCCGCCCCGGGCGGGGCUGGGCGGGGCCAGGAGGCUCCCUCGGGGUUCCCGUGGGCGCGCACUCCAGCCACCGCGGCGCGAUGGAGGCGCCGGCGGAGCUGCUGGCCGCGCUACCUGCGCUGGCCACCGUGCUGGCGCUGCUGCUCGCCUGGCUGCUGGUGCGGCGCGCACAGGCCGCGAGCUCGGACCCCGCCGGCGCGUCCCCGGAGCCUGUGCCCCGGGCCGAGGCCAGCGGGACCUCCGCGCUGCACAGCCCGGGGGCGGCCCCGGAGCCGGCGGCCGCGCCCGAGGAGCCGGGGGAGCCUGCGGGGCCGGCAGAGGCAGAAGAGCAGGCCGCUGAGGCGAAGCAGCAGCAGGAGCAGCAGGAGCAGGAGCAGGACCCAGCGGAGCCCGAGGAGGAGGAAGAAGGAGGAGAGGCCUUCUCCUUCAAGUACAGCCCCGGGAAGCUGCGGGGGAACCAGUACAAGAGGAUGAUGACCAAAGAGGAGCUGGAGGAGGAACAGAGGAUUGAGCUGACCUCUGACCUCACUUCCCUGUAGCAAGGUCCUUAGGUCCUGAGCCACAAACACUCUCGCAAACCCUUUUGAGUGCAGAAAGAGCAGCUGGCGGCCAUCUUCAAGCUCAUGGAGGACAACAAGGAGACAUUCGGCGAGAUGUCGGCCGGCGACGUGCAGGAGCAGCUCAGGCUCUACGACAUGUAGGCCGCCGCCCGGCGGGAUGCCCGUGACCGCUGCACCGUGACCCCGCCCUGACCCAUGACCCCAGCCCGUUACUUUCGGACUUCCGUAGGCUUCCUGCGUCUUACGCCCACAGAUGCGGAGGUGCAUGGCAGACAGGUUUGCCACACGACACUCUCAUUCUGCCUUAGAAGGACUUCCGGAAGGUUCUGCGACUGCAUGGAAGCAAGCAGCAGGGGAGCACUCUGAGCAGAAAGGCUGACUCAGUCUCCCCCUCCAUCCCGGAGCAAAACAGCCGAACCCGAGUUAAGGCCUCCAGGAGUUUCCCCCCCGUAGGCGCGAGACU